CACGACGCUUACGCGUAGAAACAACAAAGCGACGCAAGUUGUGUUCCGUUUAUCGUUAACGUUACCGUUACGUAGUUGGAGUUAGGAACAAGAUCGACCAAAACUAACACAAAACCAAAUCAAACUAAAACGAAUCGAAUCCGCAUCCGCGCGCAACCAACCUAAUUUUCUUUUUCCGCUUUAAAGCUCGAAAUACUGUACUUACGGAGUUUGUUUAAUUCAGAAGUUUUUUGGAAUAGUGCAAACAGAAAUAUCUACAUACAUAUAGAAAUCGGAAAUGCAGUACUCGAGCAGUUCAGAAAAUUACUCAUCCUCAUUGAGAGAUUCUCCCUCAAAAUGGGGAGGACGUAACGAUAAGAAUGCUUAUGCCUAUAAGAAAUCAUCCUAUCAAUACUCAAGCUCCGGCGAUAAUAACUUAUCGUAUCAGAGCAAAACUCCAACAGAUCAGAAUGUUGAUCAAUUGGAUGCUCUGCUAGAGGAUUUAAAGCAUGAACGUCAAUUGAGUACCAGAGAUCGUGAAUUGUUGCCAACCAAUGGAGGAACAUCCUAUAGAACUUUGGAACGUACUGAUCCUUCAACUGGAACUGUAACAAAGACCACACGUGUCAUCAAGACCACCAAACAUUCUGGGGCUCCUCAGCAAUCGUAUUUGGAUGAUGUGGAAACCUUUAAUCCCAAGGACUAUAGCACUUUGCAGUCCUCGGCCAAGUAUUCGAGCUUACAUCGUGAUGAAUACCAGACUAAAGAGAAGCCAUCCUCCUAUACUUUGGCCUCUUCACCUAGCGGCGGUCACUAUGAGAGCAAGUCAAAGAUCUAUGAAAGUAAUCGGACCAUAAAUAAUAAUGUGGAAUUAUUGCCAACUCAGACUGUAAGCAGCAGCACCACCAACAUUGACAAGGAAUUGCAAGAUAUUGCCCUGAGUGAUGGCAUUUUGCCUGCUCCUGGCACUAAGGUGACCACAACAGUCCGUACAUACACGUAUGAGAUACCAGCUGGUCCUGGCAGCACAACCAGCACCAUCAAUCGCAAUGUCAAUACAAAUACAUUGAACAGCAGCAGCUAUAAACAUCAACAACAUGAGACUCACACCACGAAUACCAGUCAAAACUAUAGCCAAUUGUCACCAAGUCAUGUCCCACAGACGGUGGUCUACAAUACGGAGAGUUAUUCCACUCUGAACAAGCCCAACGAUCGUCCAUUGUUGACCAAUCAAUCGUAUGAGAUACGCGAACACAAGGAGACCACAACACGCGGAGUUAGUCCACAGCCGCGUCAAUUGCCAGUGGUUGGAUCACCAAGCAGUAAUCCACCCAAUAGCAGUCGCACCAUUGUCUAUAACAUACACAAGACCGACAAUGUGAAUACGGUGAAUGAGUAUCCACCAAAUCAAUCAAAUCAGACGCGUUAUCCACCGCACAGUCCGGCUCAUAGUCCCAACUAUGGCAUGCCUGCAUCGCCGCCAGGCUUCAAUCGUUAUUACUACACGGAGACGGAGACAUCGAAUACAGUCAACACUCUGCAUGGACCACCAAAUGGCCAAGGACCACAGCCGGCGGUUUCGGCUCCUUUGAAACAAUUGCCACCUGUCUCGGCGUAUCCAGCGCAGCCACAGAAUGGUGGACCCGGUUAUCCACCGAAUACCACCAGCUAUUCAUACAAAUACUCAUCUACGAGCAACACAAAUACUACAAACAAUCGUCGUGGUCCUGGUCCAGAUAAUUAUGGCACACCAUCGCCCUUCCCAGUGGAUGGUGUUGAACACUAUCCACCAGUUGGCAAUGCCAAUCCUCCCCAACGUGUGGACGAUCUAAUGCAAUCCUUUGGCACUACUACAGAUCAUGUGGAUCGUGUAGAUAUUGAGACUCCGGUACGGAAGCGUGAAAUUGAAACCGCUGUGGCCUCGCCCAACCAGCAACAUGUUCCAUCUGUAAACAAGGCCGGCAAAGAGGUCUACUAUCCACCUGGCCAUGAGACCAUUAUGUUGAAGCGCGAGGAAAUGCAUGCGGGUUCGGCCUCAGGCGGUCGUUGGGCCAAGGGCUCUGGAAUGUAUGAGUACGAAUCGGGUUCCAAGUCCAAGACGAAAACCAAAUCUGGUGGAGCUGUGGUGCCCGUAUGUCUGCCCCUCUGCUGUGCAAUGCCUUGCACUAUUAUGUAAGGAAUUCGUUUCGGGGAUUCUUCGAAUAUAUUAAACUUGUAUAUAGGUUUCUAAUAUCUGCUAAAUCCUGCCCCCGACACCCCUCUCUCUCAAGAGAAAGCUAAUUAACACUCCUGGGUUUGCUCUAAUUGUUGUAAUUUUGUUGUCCAAAAUUUAUAUUUUUUUUGUGUAUUGCUAACGUGGAUAUAUAUAUCUUUGUUUGCAAAAGUCUUUUCAAAUUGUCAAUUAGCUAUUUGUAUAUACAUCUAUAUAUAUAUAUUUAAAAAUUGUUGGAUUUGGUUUUGCUCAAAAAACAAAAAAAAAAAUAUUGUUUAUAACUUUGCUCAAGGCAUUUACCUAUGUGAAAAAAAGCUCCUAAAAUUUUAAGUUUUGACUUUCUAUACUAAUAAAUGAGCCAAGGAAUUUAAUUCCCCAAAAAUAAAUUACGAGUUCUCCCCUAGCCCACUAACCUGAGGUUAACCAACUACUUAGUCGACGUCGUUACGAAAAAAAAACCAGCCAUAAUUACUAUCUAAAUCGAAUACAUAAUAUUAAAAAUAAAAAAUGGUAAAAAAAAAGAAAUAAUAACCUGAAUAAUAAAUCGAAAUCUAACAAACGAA